UGACCUCGGACGUUAACGGGAGCUAAAAAUUUGUGCUGCCAAGUCGAGUCAACGCAGCAACGCGCGCCACCGGUAGCGGGGAAUGGCGAAUCCGAUUUGUGCUUUUGGUGGGUGCUGACGCGGUGAAAUGUGAUCCAUACCGUUCGAUCGACGCCAUCCGAACGCAGGCUGAAAUCAAGUGGUUUGGAUUCUUUCUUCUAGGAUCGAUACGAUCGGAAACGAGUGCAGUUAGCUGGAGGUCAAGAAGUGACUGGUCGUUUAGUUUGGGGGCCGGCUGGUGAAUGUAUCGAUUAAAAUUUCAGUGUACGGCAGCCGUGAGCACGGGUUUGAAAUAUUUGUGUCAUGUUUUUAAUGAAUUUAAAAGUACAUGCACUGUGGUGAACUGGUAGUGCGUUUGGAUGUCUGAAGUGUCAAGCUUACAAGAGAGAAACAUUAAAAUAUGUUGAAUAGUGUCUUGAGCACCAGCCUACGUAGAUUAACCGAAUCAAAUGCUGAAUAAAUAAAUAAGUUGUAAGACAGCAACACGGCGGAAUUGAAUGUCGCGGAGCCAUUAGUCGGUUGACUGCAUCUUGUGCGCCGCCUCAGUUCUCCAUUAUCGUCGUAGCCGCCUAGUCGAUCGUUUGUCACGGAGCAACGCAAACGCAGCUGGAGGAAACCUUCAUUGGACCAUCACGCGUCGUCAAGAGGGAGAAAAGCAGCAAAAAGCUAGUGCCUGCCUGGACUCUGUCUGAUCAGAGAGUGCGAUCGGAAAUGGUGGCUUAAGAGCGAGCUCGUAGAGCCAAAGUGAUAGAGAUAAAACAAAUGGAAUAUGCAAUGCAACUUGGUUUGGUUUCAAUUUGGUCACUACCGCAAGUGUGUGUUGUGUUGUGUGUGAAUGAAGCUGAGAAGUUUGUUUGCCAAGCCAAUGAUCUGUGAAGUUCCCGUUCGGAGUGCCGUGUGUCGUGUUUGGGCUUAGUGCCGCUCGAAAGUGAAAACAAAUAAGCUUCCCAAACGGUGCUACUAACUAUUUAGGGGAUUGCGUAAAUGGUUCCAAAGUGAUAGCAAUAAAUUACAGAUUUACGCCAGGCAAUUUCCGCUUUCAAUAAAGUGCUUUAGCAGUGUGUUUGCUGUGAAGAGAAGUGCCCGUGAUUCAAUGUGGCAAUUAGAAAGGAUCCGAAAGGUUUGCUGCAAGUGACAGUCUAAGUCAAUCGUCAAUCGAUGCUCGUUUGUUGAAAUUGGCGCCAACCGCGUCACAAUGGAAGCAGACGUUCUGAACGCCCUGAACACCCAAACGGCGUACAUUCCCGGCGGCCGAGACCGCGAUGGGCACCCGUUAAUCAUAAUUCCCGUGCCGUUCUACGAUAAUCUACCAUGGAUGAAGGGUUUUCUGGAGACCACGGUUAAAUACAUACUGAACACCUUGAGCUCCGACACGAUCGCAGCCGGUUUCGCGGUGGUCCUUGACGCCCAGAAGUGCUCCUGGCGUUCGGCUCGCCAGUACAUUCGGCACGUGCAGUCACUGCUCGGGCCCAACCUGGACAGCUUUCUGGUCAUCCGACCGGAUGCCUUCUGGGAGAAGAACCGGGUGGAAAAUUGCGCUCGCCAGCACCGCCAGGGAGAGCCGACCGUAAUCUCCAAAUCACGGCUCGUCAAGUACUUCGAGCUGGCCGAGCUUCCCGAAGAAUUGGGCGGAACCGGGUCCUACAAUCACGACCAGUGGAUACAGAAUCGAUUGCGAAUUGAGGAAUUCCGAAAAUCCUACGAUAAAGCGAUCGGUGACCUAGAAAACUUGCACCGGCUGCUGCUGGACAACCGGACGGUGCGGGCGAGCGAGUCGGAAGCAGCACUCAAAUCCUGCCGGCAGCUUAAUCAAGACGUGCAAAAGUUUCUCGCUCUGGUCAUGGACGGCGGCAACAAACUGCUCUCCCACAUCGGAGACCUGCAGAGUACAAAACCAUUCAUAUCGCAGGACCUAAUCGAUGGGCGAGAAUCGGUGAAACUGAUGCUGAAUGCUGUCGAUCGGAAGCAGUCCGCGCUGAAUCUGGCCCUACACGAGCUGGAGUGCAACGUCGAAGAGCUGCGCGAGUUAGCCACACUGGAGGAGGGCGUUUCGUACGUAACCAACUGGAUCCUAACGACGGCGGAAGCGAUGCUGAACGCCCAGUUGAAGGUGGGCUACGAUGUGACGACGGCCGACAAACUGCGGCUGGAGCACGAAAUCCUCGAGCUGCAGUGCUGGAAAACGUACGGGUUCUACGCGGAGCUAAUCUACAAGAUCGAUAACUUUCCAAAGAUGAAGGAUUCGGUGGCCUACAAGGAUUUGAUGUCCCAGCGGGAGUGGAUGGACUUUGUUUGUCGGAGUUUUGCUCAGCGGCUGGAACGGCGCCGGAAUGUGCUGAUCACUUCGGUGCGAUUCUACCGGCUGGUUGCGGAGUACUUUGAUCGAACUAGUGAGGUUUUUCAGUCACUGAUCAUGGGCGACAAGGUGGAGGAUUUCGACUUGGCCAAUGCCAAGCUGCAGCGUUUGAAGGAUAGUCAACAAACGCUGGACACUGUCGAAAAGGAAAUCAUCAAAGAGGGCGAAAAGCUGAGUGACAUCCUCCUGAUGCCCGUAAAGGACGCCGUCGGACGGGAAGUGAAUGUGGACUACAGCGAGGAUAUUGCCAACGUACGUGACAUCCUGGAUGCAACCAUUUCUCGGUCACGAAUUUUCGUCGAAAGUGUGGAACUGCAGAAGCUCACCUUGGAUCAAAUAACCCACAUCUAUAAGUAUGAAAUGGACGCGGAAACGGCCCUCCAGUGGAUGGAUGAUCUGUACAAAGUAAUGAUUCGUUCGCACACUCACGUUGGGGUCAACGUUUACGAGAUUCAAGCGCAGAAGGAUGAACACCAAACAUUUCAGGAAACCGGUAAAGGCACCUACAACUACGGCUGCCAAUUGCUGAACGCAUCUCUGGCACUGCGGCAAUCCUGCAAGCUGGAAACCGAUCGCAACAUCGAGAUGACCCAGCAUCUGCAGGGAACGUGGAAAAAGUUCCAAGCCGUCAGCCAGGAGCAAAUGACGCGGCUUCGCGUUUCGGCCGUGUUUCACCGGAGCGUCGAAGAGCACUGCACCAAACUAUACGAGCUGAAGGAAAACGUCCUGCGGAUCGGCGACAUCGAGGAGACCAACCGGCGGAAAGUGAGACUGAGAAAAUGCCUGGGAAGCCGGGAGCGACUGCUUGUCGAGGUGGGCCGUAUGGUGCGGCUCGGGAGACUGCUGAAAACGAGACUGAAAGAACCAUUCCUGCUGGAUGACCGCUGUGAGACAAUGGCAAGCCCGGAAAAUGUUCUCACAGAAUCGGAUAACAUAAUGGCAUGUGAGGCCAUCUCCGCCCGUCUGACGGAAGUUUCGCGCAUCGCCGAAGCGCUGGACAGUGUCCUGCGGGAUGUACAGGGCGGAUUUGACGAUGUGGACGAGGAACUGAUCGGUGUCGCUGCCGGUGGAACCGGAGACACGUCCAGUGGCUCGGACAAAAAGGCCGAUGGCAGUAACCACAGUGACGAUUGGAGCUGCAGCAUGAAAUCCACCGAGGACGAAUCUUUCGUCACGGCAUCCGAUUGUACGCCCCAAUCGCGAUCCUCCUCAUACCACACGGCUUCCGAGUGUCGGGCGUCUCCCUGGUGGGGAGGUGAAUCAACCGAACGCAGCUCGCUCGAUAACGAUUCCUCCGAAGAUGCCGACCCGGAAGCGAUGCCAUCGAUCAAACUGCUCUCCGGGGUCAUGAUAACCGCCUCGACUGCCAAUCUCUCGUUUGACGAAUCGGAGCACAGUUUCUUAACGCCGACCUCGAAUAGUGAACAGGCCGACUCGGAUGAUCCCCAGACGGCAGCGGCAAGUCGACGCCAACCUUCGCCAUUGAUCAGCUCCGGCUCCAGUUCGGCUCUGAAUUCAAUCAACCGAAGGGAGAAUCUGGCUCUGGCGCUGACCCCGGAAGAGCUUGAGCAGAUCGAAAGCGAUAUCCGGAACAAUAAUGUGGUAGCCGUGGCUGAAAGUACUCCCAAGGUGGUCAAGCACAGUUCACCAACGUCGAGUGACGACAGCGGUAACGUAAGUACCAUCAGUGCCAAACUGGAGGCGGAAGUCCUGAACGGUAGUACUUGCCAGGUACCGCUGUUGGAGGAUGCCUCACUCAAGGGUGGCGCUCAGGAGAUAUCCGGACUUACUUAUUACUAUCAGAAUAUCAUUACCAAACACGCGGUUAAAAGCUGUCUGUGAAGCUCGUCCGUGGUGGUAAAUGGUGGUUCAAUUAGCUGUCAAGUGUUUAGUUAUAUGUGUGUAUAUGUGUAGCGAUUAGUCAAGUGUUAGGAAUCAGUGCCCAAUAAACCGGGUGAAAAUCUCAACAAAUCUCUUUUGUGUUCUCAGCGUAAGUAGACUAACUAGUGUAUCGCAUUCCAGUUUGUUUGUUCAUACUAACUUGCCCCUAGCUUAGAGAAAUGUUUGUUUUAGAAUCUACGAAAGCCGCUUGCAACCAAUGCCUAGAGACCGAUUUAAUAAACAGUCCAACCUUAUCUAGUUCUUUGACAAAUCUAGACCGGCUAAGUUUUACUCAA